CCAAACGUGCCUUAAAUGCCGCAUCGAGCCUGGCACGACGGCUGACCAGCGGGCAGCGGGCAGGCUGGGCUGCCCAGGCCCCACCGCCCCAGGCAGGCAGCACCGCAGUCCGCAGCAGCCACCCGGACAGCAUCCCUUUGGCAGCCCGCCGUUCCCUCCGCGUCUCCCUGGCACGAAAUUGCCCAAACCGCUCUCCCUCUCGCCCCAACUUCCCAUCCGCACCCCCAAACCCCACCUCACUCAAAACCCUCGCCGUGCCCCUACUGCGCCCCCCCCCCCCCCCCCCCCCCCGAUGUCCGCCGCCGCGUCCUCGGAGGAGGCCGUCAAGGCAUCGAAGGUGCUGAUGGUCGGGGCGGGAGGCAUCGGCUGCGAGCUGCUCAAGACGCUCGCGCUCUCCGGAUUCAGCGACAUACACAUCAUUGACUUGGAUACAAUUGAAGUUAGCAAUCUGAAUAGACAGUUUUUGUUUCGGCAGAGUCAUGUUGGUCAGUCAAAAGCUAAAGUUGCUCGGGAUGCUGUAUUGAAAUUUAGGCCAAAUAUCAAUAUAAACCCAUACCAUGCAAACGUGAAGGAUUCUCAUUUCAAUGUUGAUUUCUUCAAGCAAUUUAAUGUUGUUCUGAAUGGUCUUGAUAACUUGGAUGCUAGACGCCAUGUUAAUCGCCUUUGCCUUGCUGCUGAUGUUCCUUUGGUUGAAAGUGGUACUACUGGUUUUUUGGGACAGGUUACUGUUCAUGUCAAGGGUAAAACAGAGUGCUAUGAGUGUCAACCAAAGCCUGUCCCUAAAUCAUAUCCUGUCUGCACAAUUACAAACACACCAUCAAAGUUUGUUCAUUGCAUUGUUUGGGCGAAAGAUCUGCUUUUUGCAAAAUUAUUUGGUGAUAAAAAACAGGAUAAUGAUCUUAAUGUGCACUCCAAAGAUGAUACCAGUUCAAAAACAGAUGUUUUUGAAAGGAGUGUAGAUGAAGAUCUUGAGCAAUACACCCAGAGAAUAUAUGACCACGUAUUUGGUUACAACAUUGAAGUUGCAUUGGAUAAUAAGGAAACUUGGAAGAAUCGGAGAAAGCCAAACCCUAUUUACAUUAGAGAUGCAUUGCCUGAAGACGCUGUUCAACAAAAUGGUCGCUCUCAGGAUCACGUGAAUGAGGAGCAGGAUCCUUCUGCUAUGGUAUCCUUAGGCCUUAGAAAUACACAAGAGAUAUGGAGUCUUGCUGACAAUUCAAGAGUGUUCUUGGAGGCUUUAAAAUUAUUUUUUGACAAAAGAGAGAAGGAAAUAGGGAGCCUUAUUUUUGACAAGGACGACCAGUUGGCUGUUGAGUUUGUUACCGCUGCAGCAAAUAUCAGAGCUUCCUCUUUUGGAAUACCACUGCAUAGUCUUUUUGAAGCUAAAGGUGUUGCUGGAAAUAUAGUUCAUGCUGUGGCAACUACCAAUGCUAUAAUUGCUGGUCUAAUCGUCAUCGAGGCAAUUAAAGUGCUCAAGGGUGAUUAUCAAGAUUAUAGAAUGACAUAUUGCCUUGAGCAUCCAGCAAGGAAGAUGCUCUUGAUGCCUGUCGAGCCUUUUGAACCUAGUAAAUCAUGUUAUGUCUGCUCUGAGACCCCACUUGUUCUGGAGGUUAAUACCAAGACAACAAAGCUCCGGGAAGUCAUUGAAAAGGUUAUAAAAGGUAAGCUUGGAAUGAACCUACCUUUGAUAAUGGUUGGCGCCACACUUGUUUUUGAGGAUGGUGAAGAUCUGGAGGAGGAUGAGAUUGCAAAUUAUGCUUUAAACCUUGAAAAGGUCUUGGCUGAACUUCCAGCUCCAGUUCUAAAUGGUACAAUGGUUACAGUCGAGGAUUUGCAUCAGGAACUAAAAUGCAGUAUCAACAUCAAACACAGGGAUGAGUUCGAUGAAGAAAAGGAGCCUGACAGAAUGGUUCUUGUUGGGUGGUCUGGCCCAGUUGAUAAGCAAACCACUAGUAAUGGUGAGACUAAAUCAGUUCCAUCUUCAUCCAAUACAGAAGAUGUGGAUGGUACUGCCGAGGACAUAUCAGCAACUUCUGGAAUGAAGCGUAAGCUGAACGAAAUAUUAGAGACAAAGGAGAAUUUUGAUGCUCUCGAAAAUCUUUCGGGUGUUGAUUCCAGCAGCGCUCAAGUUGUUGAAGAUGACAAUGACGAUGGCCUUCUUAUGUUUGAUGAGGACCCAAGGCAAAGUAAGAAGAAGAGAUUGCAGUAGCAUCCUGCUGCGGCGAUAACAGCUCUUGACUCCCGGCAUCGUGGCUAACACAUUGUUCGAUCGUAACAUCUUUGAUAACUUAUUUAUGCGGUUAUGUACCAGGUUGAUGUUGAAACAUUAGUAACAAUGCCCAGGGCACCUUUUGGCCUCAGAUAGUCAGAUACCCUGUAGGGUUGUAAUUUGUAGGAUUUAGGAACAAGAGCAACUAAUGCUCAGCUGACAGCCUGCUGCGAGAUAGAAUUUGUAUCUCAAGAGCCAAGGUCCUGUUUUGGUUAUGUUUUUUGUUCAGUUGAGGGGUGACCGGGUGAACCAAGCUCUGUCUUGUUAGGUGCCAAUCACAGGGUCUGGAAAUAUGUACUCAUCCUGUAUUCUUGCUAAGGUUAUGGAUCAGAUGGUGUAUAUAUCUGUGCAAAACACUAAUUUAUAGUUUUGCACUAAUCUACACUGUAGAUUAUAUUGUUUACCGAGUGAA